AAAAAAUAGUCAAGAUGGUGAUUCCUCUUCCAUCGGUGAGCGUCACUCCGGUGCCAAGUCAGUGCGCUCUGAAGUCGCGACCGUGGCUGUUUGCACUUACUUUCCUCGUGCUGUUGCACGUGGUCGAGAUGUUCUGGUUUCGAAACAUCCUAGGCGGUUUUCUCAUGUUGGUGCUCGUCUUCGUUGGUAUCUACACUUUGCGUGAGCGCUCCGUAGACGUACACUGCCUAAUCAUCUGGGGUAUGCUGUGCUUCAUCAACGGCAUCUUUUCCAUGAUCGAGCUGAUCCACCGCACAGUGCAGCCCGACAGCAUUCCGAUCUUUGCGGGCCCGCGGUGGGCGCCAAUCCUCGCGAAUAAGCGCAUCCCCUUGAAGCUGUGGGAAUGGAAUAUGCUGAACGCCAUCAACCUCGUCGGCAUCGUCGCGCUCUGCGCGAUCUCCGUUGUCUCUUUCGUCGUCUUCAAGAAGAGCGUCAACGAUAUGGUGGAACAGGACGAACAGGAAACGGCUGCGCUCAUGCAGGCAACGCAGCCGCGUCGCCAGACCGCAUCCAAUAACACGCCACCGGGCUCAGCAGCAGGCGACGGACAAGCAGGACUCGCUGCUGCGGGAGGAAGCUCCUUCCAGCCAUUUAGCGGCGCAGGAAACCGCGUUGGAGGCGCCGAAGAAAGUGACUAACACAAUCUGAAGGACACAUGACGUCCUUCGUGAAGAUGAAAAACGGAGAAUACUUAAAUGAGUAGGACUCGACAUCGUCACCGUUGUAGACGAAACGAGAUGAGCAUAUGUUGCAGUAACGAAAAGCCUAUGAUUGCAGCAGAAGCAGAAAGAUGGAGACGAAAAGGGUGUACUAAGCUAUCAGAUGAGGAUGCUGGUCAAGGUAGAAUUAGUGACACAAACAUCCGACUUUCGUUGUGUCUUGUGAACGGGCGGAUCAAGAACAACAUCUUGGACAACUCAAAAAAUGAUGCGAGAAAAAAAUCUACUAACUAGUAGAAGAUUCACAGUGGAAUUCUAUCAAACGCUCCAAGAAAAAGUCGGCCAGCGAUUUUCAGAAGGUGCAUGUGAUAGAGCAGCAUCCAGCAUGUGAUGGUGCUUCUAUUUUCAAACGCACCAGCACUAUUCAUUCCACUGUCUAAAAUUAGAUUGCGACAGCAGCUUCACAUAAUCAUAAACACAUUUCAAUAAUAUUCAAAACGUAAGACAUCAUUAAAAUUAGGAUUCAUUAGGACAAGAUAUACAUACGUAGAAUUCGUUACAUUGAAGCAUGUUCAUCAUGAUAUUGAGUUAAUUGGCCGUCGAAAGCGAUAUGAAUAUAACAAGAUAUGAAUGAAGAGGAUGAUAUUUUUGAUACUACUGAUCAACUACAACGCACUUCGCCAACAACAUGAGUGAUUUCAUGGAAUGAAAAACGGGGACCGAAGAUACUACAACGUAUUGAAAAUAACACUCAAACUGUUAGGGAUCCAUUCCUUGCUUAUGCUUCCUGGUGCUUCAUCAAAGGAUUUCAGAUUUUGAAGAGAUCACUCAGGCAACUACAUUAGUUUUAGUGAGAAGAGGAGGCUAUCAAGGACAAGGACAGAAGAUGCGUAAGUAGUUGUUACUCAUAUUUGUACAGGGAAAGGGAUUCUUGGGAUAAAUGAAGUAUGAUGUCAAUUGACUUCGCGACGGUUUAUUUUGAUAUUAUCUUCAUCGUCUACGAACAUAAAUUGGGCUUAUUGGGAUUUGAUUACUCAAGUCUACAAAAAAAAUGAAAAAACCCAUUGCGAGCGGUUUUUUUCGGUAUCAGCG